GGUAGUUUUAUCAGUGUGGCCCAGCUGUGUUCGAUGCUGCAGUCUUAACGCUUCUUCAGACUGAUAUUGACACACAGACACGCUAGUGACACUGUGUGUGUGUGCUGGUAUGCGGUGUGUAGCGCUCGUGUUAAAGGUCUUGCUGUCGUUGCUGGCCUGUGAGAUGAGCGCGGCUCAGCUCUCGUGUCCUGAGGUGUGUACCUGCGUGGCCGGUGUGGUGGACUGCAGUAAACGCGGCCUCACCACGGCCAGCCUGCCCACAUCCUUCCCCGCACACACCACGCAACUCCACCUGAACGACAACCAUCUGACGGCUCUGCCCAACGGCCUGUUGGACUCGCUGCCCAGCCUGCGCCUGGCCGCUCUCCACGACAACCCGUGGUCAUGUGACUGCGGCAUCCUUUAUCUGAGAGGAUGGCUGCUCAAACAGAGCAACCACGCUUCCUUACAGAACGUCAGCUGCAGUUCUCCUGCUCACCUGAGGGGGCGCCUGCUCGUGUAUCUGUCCGAACAGGAGCUGCUGGAUUCGUGUCGCUACUGGAUGUGUAAUCUGGCUCUGGCUUCUCAGAUCAGCCUCUUCAUCUUCGUCAUAGUUCAGGUGCUCCUGCUGGCCUCUGUCAUCCUCUUCCUCCGGCGGUUUGAGCUGCUGACCCAAGACGCGCGCCGCACGGCCGCAGAGACCUUCACGGCGGAAGACGACGGGACGCAGAGUAAUGAAUACGUCAUGUUAAAAGACAGGAGCUUGUAGGAUGAGACGGUCACAAACCAGACCAAAAGAAACAACUGUGUUCAUUUCAUUCUAACCAUUUUGCACAGUUCAUUUUUAUUUAUCAUCUAAAAUUCUCCUUUUACAUUUAUCUCAUUUGUAUUGCUUUUUUGCAUACAUUUUCCAGUUUUGCAAUAGAAAUGCUUAAUGUAGUUUUAAAAAAUAAUGUUUACUGUAAAUCGCCCUAACUGGGGAAAAUAAGGAAUAAAUCCCUUUAAUUUGUACUUUCUUUGUUAAAAAAUAGACUUUUUUGUAAACUUGAUCCAUUGGUUACAAUAAAUUAAACAAUUUACAGAUGAA